CCCACUUUCCUUUUUCCCACCGUCACCUCCCCCUUCCCGACUAUUUAAAGUCGCGACAUCGCGGGCGGCGGCUCAGAGGAAGAAGAGGAAGCAGCAGUCGCGGCGGAGGAGUAGGAGGGUGGGAGUGUUUUUUUUUCCUCCCCCCCCCUUCCUCCGCGCGAGUUUUCAGCCAUGAAUCCCAACUGUGCGCGCUGCGGGAAGAUCGUAUAUCCCACGGAGAAGGUGAACUGCUUGGAUAAGUUCUGGCACAAAUCGUGUUUCCACUGCGAGACGUGCAAAAUGACCCUGAACAUGAAGAACUACAAGGGCUACGAGAAGAAGCCAUACUGCAACGCACACUACCCGAAGCAAUCCUUCACCAUGGUGGCCGACACACCUGAGAACCUGCGCCUGAAGCAGCAGAGCGAGCUCCAGAGCCAGRUCCGCUACAAGGAGGAGUUUGAGAAAAACAAGGGCAAGGGUUUCAGUGUGGUGGCCGAUACCCCGGAGCUGCAGAGGAUCAAAAAGACCCAGGAUCAGAUCAGCAACAUAAAGUACCACGAGGAGUUUGAGCGGAGCCGGAUGGGCCCCGUUCCGAGUGAKGGCUCCGAGCCAGAGCGCCGCAAUUCCCAGGAGAGCAGCAACUACCGGAGAGCGGCAGAGCAGCAGCAGCAGCCCCUGCACCACGGGCAGCCCUGUGUGCCAGUUUACCAGCAGCAGCCGCUUUCGUCCCAAUCCUACGGCUACAAGGAGCCGGCGGCUCCAGCCUCCACACAACGCAACGUCCCGGCUGGAGCAGGGAAGCGUUUCCGCGCUGUCUAUGACUACAACGCAGCAGACGAGGACGAGGUGUCGUUCCAGGACGGGGAUACCAUCGUCAACGUGCAGCAGAUUGACGACGGCUGGAUGUACGGCACGGUGGAGCGCACCGGGGACACGGGCAUGCUCCCGGCCAACUACGUGGAGGCCAUCUGAGCCCCGGGGCCGAGCCCCGCCCGUGCGCGCGACCCCGCCCCGUGCGCGCGCCUCCCGUCCCCUCCCCGCCUCUCCGGCGUCGGAGCCGCGCCCCGGCGUCCCGGUUCCCGCCCGUGUCCGCAGCCGCCCCCGCUUUCUCUCCCCACUUCUGCUCCGUGGUAGCCCCGUGGGGACCGAGGGGCCGCGCAGGACUGGGGUCAAAGCGCCGCGGUUUUCCUGUUCCUUGGCUCUGCCGCCGGGAUCCCGGCCAAAAGAGAGGGAGGGAGGGAGAGGCCACGUCGAGACAAAAUCCACCCGGCCUGGCAGGGUUGGGGGCGGUGUGGGGGAGGGGAGGGAAGGGGAGGGGCUGGGAGCCUCCCCCUGCCCCGCUCCGCCUCCGGCUCGUCCUGUGGCUUCUGCCGGCUCCAGCUCCGGAUCAUCCCGUGGCUUCUUCCGGCUUUUCCCGCGCAGUUCCCAUUCAAUCUUUGCUCCCUUCAAAGCAGGAAAACAUUGCCAGCUACAAUCUCAGACAAAACCUCUCUCCUUGGCAUUCCAAGCUCUGGUGAGCCCUGGAGGAGGCUUUGGCUGCUCCUGCCUGGGGCUUUGGUUGUGCCAAUCCGUCUGGCAAUGGAGCAGCCGUGGGGCUUUUCCUGGGAGCUGCUGCUCUGGGUCGAGGGCUGGAGCCAGGAUGAGCUCCCUGGAGCAGGGAUGAACCCCCCUGGAGCAGGGAUGAAUCCCCUCUGCAUCUCCAGCUCCCUCUGGACCAGGGUCUGGGGGUCCCCUGGGGAAGCCUCUCCCUCUCACACAGGAUUUUCCUGCUUUUCUCCUGCCGCUGCCGAGUUUUUGGGACCUUCSUGAGCCACCCACCCACUGGGGGAGGGUGUGGGGAGCCCUCAGGAUCAGCUCCAUCCCUGUGGCUCCACUGGACCGGGUGUGGAGGAACCCCCCUGUGCCACCACCCUGGGAUCCUCCCGGGGGCUUUGGGUGAUUUGUCCUGUCAGGCACCAGGCCCUGGCAUGGCUGACACCCUGGGCUGCCCUGCCCCGCUCACUUCCAGCACUGGUGGCAGCUUUUGGGACCACUGGGAUCAUGUCAUGGACCAAAACCUCAAAGCACAUCCCUGUACCCUUCUCCUCUGGGGUCUCAGAGCAGGUCAGGGUCRGGGGAAUAACUGGAACUGAGCAGGGAGGGAGGGAUGGAAAUCUCUGCAGGGUCACAGGAGCAGGACCUUGGGACAGGGGUGAUGUACCCUCACCAGGCUGCCCUGUGGGGAGAGGAUGCUCAUGGAGGGAAAGUGCUGCCUUUGCUAUUCRCAAAGGAAAAGCGGGAAUACUGGGACCAAAGGUGGCUGAGUUGAGACAUUUCCUGGUUCUGUUUGGGGCAGUCCCUGCAGACACCUCCCUUCCUCAGGACACUGGGCACUGGGAUUGGGCGUGUGGGAUCAAGGGCAGYGGGAAGGUGGGUCCAGGCAGGGCAGAGACCCAGUGGGAAAAGGGAAUUCUGGCUGCAGUGGGAUGAGGGCAGAGGGAUGGGGAUCCYGGUGAGAGGCCAGGAGGGAUGGCUGGGGUGGGAAUCCCGGCUGGUGCUAAAACAGGGAGCACAAGGGCAAGGACAGGGUGGUUGGGCAGGGUGGGAUCCACCUCUCCCUGCAGAAUCCUCUAAUCACAUUCUUCACGGGAAUGGGGGGAGCAUCAAUGUGAAUAAACCCUUUUUUUAAUGGACCAAAUAAUGAAAUAAUUCCAUUUUGGUAUAUAGACCUUUUUUAAAUCCUCUCUCAAAACCGUUGUCUCUAAAUUCUCCCCUCUCAUGCCUCCUGCCAUAAGAAACAAACCUCUUACUGCUUGAUUUCUGCCUUUUUUCUCAACUUAUGCACUUUUUUGCUUUUUUUUCAUAGCUGAAAAGCACCUAAACCUGUAUUUAAAAUAAAUAAAUAAAUGCGUUUAAAAAAAUGAAAAAGGAAAAAAAAAAGGAAGAAAAAUGAAAAGCUGAAUUGUUUCGCAUCACGUGUAAAAUAGACCUCGUCCAUCCCAGCUUCCCUGGUUGYGUCUCAGUGCCAAGCUUAGAACAUGUUUUCUUCGGGAUCCAUUGCUUGAUUGGGGUUUUCUGUCCUCAUGUCCUCCUUCCUGGGCCGAGCACCCACCAAUGAACAACAACAAAAAAUGUUAUUUGGCCUUUUAAUCCCCCCCCCAAAAAAAMCCCAYGGAAUGGAACAACCCUACCGAUUCUCCUCCCUGUUUACAUGGAUUGAAAAUAAAAGUUUAAUUUUUA